CACUUUUUUUACUGAAGUAGUUUUUUGUCUCUGUCAAAUUGUGUUUACGCUGUGAUAAAAAGAAACAAAGACAAAACGGUGCAAAUAUAGUAUUUUUUAAAGAACAACGUGUGUGAAAAGCAUCUGGAGCGGAAAAAAAAUAUGUACCACAAAGAACGGUUUGCUAACGGUUUGAAACGGCCGUCGAUACACAAUUUAUAUUAAAAUAAUAAGUUCUAAGUACAUACCUCGGUGCGAUGUAUCCUUAACAAGAUGAAAGACACACAAUUGUCAGCCGUACAGCGGAAAUUGUUUUAGUUUGGAAACAAUGAGAGCGUGGGAUUCGGAAAGAGUAGGGCCUAAGCGUUAUGUGCUCUCCAGUACAUACAGGGACCUGGCAUCAACAUUUUACAACUUUGAGCUUCGCCCAGACGACGUAUUCUUACUCGGAUUUCCUCGAUCUGGAACAACGAGAUGUCAAGAGUCAAUGUGGCUUAUUAACAACAACUUGGAAUAUGAAAAGUCUAAAUCAAUUGUUAUAGAUGAACGAUGCCCGCUCUUGGAGUUAGAGGUGCAGUUUCCUACUCCUUUUUCCUCUGAAAAUAGUGAAUUUCAAAAUCCGGGAACGAUACAUUCAUCGAAAAAGAUUAUAUCACCUCUGAAAUCGCUACCAAAUGCUCCUUCACCGAGAUUUAUAAAAUCUCACUUACCACUCUCACUGUUGCCGCCGAACCUUCUGGAUACUACAAAGGUCGUAUACAUAGCACGAGAUCCACGAGAUGUUGCGGUAUCUUACUAUUAUAUUAUGAAGCGCUUACUUCCUGAUGAUAUUGACUUUGAGAAGUUUUGGGGUGCGUUCCGAGAUGACAAAAUCCUUCUAACACCGAUAUUUGAACACAUCAAAGAGGCCUGGGGACAAAGAGGUCAUCACAAUAUGCGUUUCCUCACCUACGAAGACAUGUCAAAAGACCUGGCUUCAACUCUUCGACAGAUGUCUGAGUUUUUCGGUAAGGAAUACUCGGAGGAACAAAUCCGUGGUCUGUGUGAGCAUCUCAGUUUUGACAAAUUCAAGACAAACAAAUCAGUCAACGGCGAACAAACUGUAUUGAAAACAUUUGACAUUAUCAAUGAUAGUGACUGCGCUUUUAUAAGGAGAGGCAAAGUUGGAGGUUGGGAAGACUAUUUCAACAGUGAACAAUUAAAAGAAAGUGCCAAUCGUUGGAUGUCCGAAAACCUCGCUAGUACUGACUUGCCCUUUUCAAUUUAAUAUUAUGACUAUUCCUAUAUACACGAAUAAAUGGUAUUAUAUCA